GAGCUUUACUUUAGGCAUGGAAGCAUCAAAUCCUCACCACGAGAUGGAGAUUGACCAAGUCCAAUUUCAAAACUUGGAUAUGAUCACCUACCUCCCACCAAAUGUCAUUGAUAUCAUCCUCAUGUGCUUGCCUUUGAGAGAUGCAGUGAGGACGAGCAUCUUAUCUUGUGAUUGGAGAUACAAGUGGGUCAAAAUCCCACGACUUUCAUUUGACCAGCGAAGUUUCCCACCAGGCUGCAAUGAGCUUAAGAUCGUGAAUGCUGUUGAUCAAGUUCUCUUAGUACAUAGAGGCCCAAUUCAGGAGUUCAAGUGCCAGAAUUACCUAAAAAACUGCCCCGCCAUCGAUCGAUGGAUACUUCUCCUAUCGGAUAAUGGCAUGAAGAGAUUCACGCUCGAUCUUCUGCAGAGCGAGCUGGCUGGGCGCUAUAAGUUGCCUUCUUGUCUAUUCCGCUGCAAAAGCCUUAUUCAUCUGCAGAUAUCUUAUUGUAUCUUCAAACCACCUAGCAAGUUGGUCGGCUUACAUUGUCUCAAGACCCUUCAUCUUCGAGACGUUACCAUUGACAACUCAUUUGAAGAUUUGAUUUCCAAAUUCCCUUUUCUUGAGGAGUUGACACUUUGGGACUUCGACGGUCCCACUUGUCUUAAAAUUCAAGGCCCCAAGCUCCUGUACUUGAAUAUCCGUUGUAGAUUAAAAUAUCUCUAUUUCGAAAAUGUGCCGCUUGUAGCAAUUGCAUGCGUUCAUAUGAGCUUACCAUACCGUUACAAGAAAAGCAAGGAGUCCAAUCUGAUCAAGGUUCUUGGAUGUCUACAUGGUGUUAAGCGGCUCACUCUCAAUGGUUUUCUUCUACAGUUUUUAGCUGCAGGUGAUGUAGCAGAGAGGCUUCCAACUCCGUAUAAUUGUCUGAAGAAUAUGUCGUUGAGCAUAAAUUUCGAAAAUCUGGAUGAUUUAUUAGUGGCUUUUUGCUUAUUUAGAAGCUCUCCUAACUUGCAUGAACUCGAAAUCUACGCCUACCCAGCAGUCAAUACUACUAGUAUACCCCAUGAGAGCUUUUGGGAAGUGCAAGAAGGUUUCGACGGCCUAUUCGCAAACCUCCGGAUUGUGACUAUAACAAACAUCAUUGGCAGCAAAAACGAACUGCGUUUUGUAGAGCUUGUACUCGCGAUUGCACCGGUGCUUGAGAAGAUGAAUAUUAAGAAUUUGGCAACGGAAGCUCAUACGCAAUUGAGGAUUUGCAGAGAUUUGUUGGGAUUUCGAAGAGCUUCACCAUACGCCAGGAUCAACUUCUUUGGGCCUCGCGAUGGAAGGACUGACAGAUGAGUGGACCAGCCGGACACAGUGGCCCCUCCUAAUGAGUGGCUUGCAUAUGGCACACGUUUGCCGUGUUAGCACAUAUCCUGCGAGUCACUUCUUCAAACUUCUUUCUUCGUCUUCUUUUUGUUUUUGGUUGGAUGAUGCAUGUUUUAAUAUUUUGGAGAAGUUGUGGACCCUUCAUUGUGGGCUUAUUUAGACAAUAAGCACCUUCCUUCUAAAG